AUGUCUGUCGAAAAUUUGGUCGAAGAUGCGAUUAAUGCUCAAAACACACCAGAAGAAUUCUCCAAAAUUGUGUUAAACUACAUCAAGGCGAACGAUUCUGUUAAUUAUUACAACGCAUUCAAGCAUUUCAAGAAAAACUCAAAGAGAUUCUCAGAUGCUAUCAAAGCAAUUCGAGAUUCCGCAAACGUAUUAAAAGACAUGAAGGAUAUUGCUAAUGCCCUUAAAUUCUUUGAAGCAAUUGAUGAAUUUUUGGCUGAUUAUCCAAGCUUUUUCGAAGAAUUAAAGGAAGUUAUCGAAAUUUACGAAAAGAUAUGCAGAGCAGGUAACAAACUCUCUCAAUUUGCCAAACUUUUGGAGAAAAAACCAGUUGAUGAAACAAAGAUGAAGCCUUCUGAGAUUUUAGACCUAUAUCUCACUAUUGCAAACCUCCAUCUCCAAUCCAAAGGCAUUUCAAAGGCCCAGCAAUACUUUGCUAAAGCGAAACCAUAUUAUUUCCCGAAUUCUACACCUCUUGAGAACCAAAAGGUCUACAAUAAUACACAUACUAACCUUAUGAUUGAAACGAAGAACUUCCUUGCCGCUUCCCAGCAACUUUUGAGUACAUAUCUCGAUAAAAAACUUUCUCAAGGCCAGGACAAGCAAAAACUACUCUUAAGAGCCAUUAUUUUUGCAGGUGUAUGCCCACCAGGCCCAUCCCGUGACGAACAGUUCCAACAGAUCAUGAAAAUCGAAGAAGCUCAAAAGAUUCCAGAAUACAAGCUCAUUCUCCGCUUAAACAACCGCCAAAUCAUUUCGGAUACAGAGAUUGAAGAGUUCUGGAACAUUAUCAAGGAAGAAGAAUCAGUUUCGAAACAAUAUUUCCAAGCAAACAUCAAAAAGCAUAACAUGACCCAGAUUUCUUACAUCUACAAGUCUGUGUCCAUCGAGAGAAUCGCUAAGAUGAUUGGUUCUACACAGGCUGAAGUUUUGAACAAUUUGAACUCAAUGAUUUCAUCUCACGAGAUCAAAGCGAAGAUCGACCAGCCAAACAACAAAGUCGUGUACCACAAUGACGACGUCUACAACAUUGACGACCAGAUUCUUGAGUUUUGCGAUAAGGUUCUGCGUCUUGCAGAUUCAAUCCAAGAAGCAAAAUGA